AUGCCGAUUCGCGCUUGGGGCGUGCGGGCGUGGGCACGCGGCGUGCCGCGGCGUGCGCCAGGUGUGCGAGCACUGACACUGUCGCAUGCAGUAUGGGCCGAGCCGCGAACAGUGGCGGUUCCCGGCGGCCGGACACGCGUCGCACAGAUUUUGAACGACGCGUGCUCGAACGAGGCCGGCUCCUACUUUGUGGCGCGUGCUAGCAAUGGUCAGCCGAUCUCACUCCAGGACGAGGUCGGGGGGGAGGAUGCGCCGGAAUCACUCACCUUUCUUCCUUUUGAUACAGACGACAAGCUUGCCCAGCGCUCGUUCUGGCUCUCGGCAGCGUACAUGCUGAGCGCAGCGCUUGAGAAUUUGUAUGGCGAGACACUGCUCACCACGUCGCCAAGCGUGACAUCGAGCGCCGGAAAAGAGGCGGACGGAUCGUCAGGAUUCAUCUACGAAGUGUUGCGCAGCCGUGCGCCGCAGCCGGUCGCCUACGGCGACCGCCUCGCCGAGGCCGAACAGAACGUGGCCGGUGCGCUCACAGAACUCUUUUCCGCACCGGAAGCGCCGAAGCUCUCGAACGAGGAGCUCGCGGCGAUUGACAAGGAAAUGAAACGCCUGAGUUCGGCCGGCCACGACUUUGUGGUGGAGAGCGUGCCUUGGGACGAGGCGUGGGCGCUCUUUGAACGCAACCCGCUCAAGCUCUACUCGAUGCUGCAGUACGCCCGCACAAAGGGUGAAGAGCGCCCUUCCGUGCCGAUUGUGCGCCUCAGCAAGACCUCGUUUACGGAUCUGGGCCCAUGGCAAUGUGACGAAGCGGUGCUGCUGCGCCGCACCAAGCCGAUCAAGGCGUGCAAGCUUCUCGGCUGGUCCACUGCCUCGCUGCCGGCGCACUGGGCGAAUGCCGCGGCCGAGGCGCAGCAGCCCCUGCUGCGCGUCCGCGGCAUUGCCUUUCCGUCCGCCGCCGAUCUCCAAGCGUAUUCUUCGCGGAUUUCCGAGUCGGAAAAGUCGGAUCACCGCCUGCUGGGCCUUGCCCAAGGCCUCUUUUUCUCGCACGACUCGUCGCCCGGCAGUCCGUUUGUUAUGACGCAUGGAAUGCGCCUUAUCCGCCGUGUCGAGCGAGUGAUCCGCGACCUGUACGACACGUUUGGGUACGAAGAGGUACAGACGCCGCAGCUCUACCGCAGCUCGCUCUGGAAGCAAAGCGGCCACUGGGACAAAUACCGCGAGGACAUGUUUAGCGCACAAGGAUUUACCGAGCAGGAGGCCGCGCGCUCGUGCUGCAAUGCACACGAUGCGCAGUCGCACCUCUUUGGUCUCAAGCCGAUGAACUGCCCAGGCCACUGUGUCAUGUUUGCUCACCAGCCACGCUCGUACCGUGAGCUGCCGCUGCGCCUUGCCGAGUUUAGUCCUCUGCACCGCAACGAGGCAUCCGGCGCGCUGUCGGGCCUGACGCGGGUCCGCCGCUUCCACCAGGACGACGCGCACGUCUUUUGCACGCCCGCCCAGGUCUCGGGCGAGAUCAAGUCAAUGCUGCGCAUGCUUGCAAUGGCCUACGGUGUGUUUGGCUUUGGCAACCGCUUUGAGCUGGUCCUCUCUACGCGCCCCGAUAGCUUCCUGGGCGAGGUGGCGCAGUGGGACGCUGCCGAGGCGAGUCUCAAAGAGGCGCUCAAUGCCAGCGGCCGCCCGUGGUCCUUGAAUGAGGGCGACGGCGCGUUCUAUGGCCCCAAGAUUGAUAUCCGGCUCGUGGACGCAAUGGGGCGCAAGCACCAGACCGCCACGAUCCAGCUCGACUUCCAGCUUCCGGAACGGUUCCAGUUGGAGUACGCACUGCCCGACCCCAACGAGAGCACACCGGGCAUGCGCCCGGGCCAUGCGCGCCCGGUCAUGAUCCACCGUGCGAUUCUCGGCAGCUUUGAGCGCUUCCUCGCGAUCCUCCUCGAGCAGUGCCGGGGCUGGUGGCCGUUCUGGCUGAGCCCCCGCCAGGCGGUCGUCAUCCCGACGUACAGCUCGAACGACCCUGCGGUGCACGAGGAGCUCCACGCGUACGCGCAGCAUGUACGCCGCGUGCUGAGCAGCGGCACGUCGUCGGCAGACAAGAGCCCGUUCCUGUCCCCGACGAUGGCGCACCAUGCGCUCGAAGUCCCCUCGCGCUCGCGCUUCUUUGUCGAGCUCCCGCCGCACUUUCUCACGCCCGGCGAGACGCUCGGCAAAAAGGUGCGCCAGGCGCAGCUUGCGCGCUACAACUUCUUGCUCGUUGUCGGCCAGAACGAGAUGGAGAGCAAGACCGUGAGCCUGCGCAUUCGUGACGAGCGCGCCGGGCCGGCGUGGCACACGUCGCUUGGCGACACGCCCGACCGCGGCCAGGCCAAGGUGAGCGAAAUGGUCCUGGGCGCGAUCCGCGCCACGUUCCCCGACAAGGUUGCGGAGGGCAAGCAGGACGUGGACCUUGGCCAGUGGCGCCUCGAUGAAGUGCGGCGCCUUUUCUGUGUGCUCGACGCACUGCACGUGUAA